GCACGGCCUUAACGUUUUUCUUUCGUUUCUUAUUUUUUUUUCUCAAACACGGAAUGGGCCUAGAAGAUAAAUCUUGUGGGCCUAAUAUGUUUUUUUAGGAAUGUGGGCCUAAUGGAGUAUGUUACACACACAGUCUCCAAUUUUGACAUUCACUAGAAGCAUGCAAAAAAAAAAAAAAGUAAUGAUAAUUUGAUGAUUUUAUUUUUUAAUUUUUCAUGGGUUAUGCAUCAGUUACUGGCCUUAAAUUGUUGCUUGAAUAAUUUUUUUCAUAUACUCUGUAUUUUUUUUUUUACAAAAUGUGACUGAAGAAACAUAAUCCCAGUGUUUGUGGAAAAAAAAAGAAGUUUGUAGUUUGGGUAGGUUCUUGGCAAUCCGUACAUGCAGUCUUUAUAAGUAGUGCUAUGCAAUAUAAACCUCUCUCGAAGACUAGAGGGAAUCUCUAAACCCUUGCUUCGUCAUUCCAAUUUCUCUGAAAUUCCUAAAUGGCUCAGCAGCUCACAGAGGAGCAGAUCGCCGAGUUCAAGGAAGCCUUCAGCCUCUUCGAUAAGGAUGGCGAUGGUUGUAUCACAACUAAGGAAUUGGGUACUGUAAUGAGAUCACUUGGACAGAAUCCUACUGAAGCUGAACUUCAAGAUAUGAUCAAUGAAGUUGAUGCUGACCAGAAUGGAACCAUUGACUUCCCUGAAUUCUUGAAUUUGAUGGCUCGGAAGAUGAAGGAUACUGAUUCAGAAGAGGAACUCAAAGAAGCUUUCAAGGUCUUUGAUAAAGAUCAAAAUGGUUUCAUUUCUGCAUCAGAGCUCCGUCACGUGAUGACAAACCUCGGAGAGAAGUUGACAGAUGAGGAAGUUGAGGAGAUGAUAAAAGAAGCCGAUGUGGAUGGUGAUGGCCAAGUGAACUACGAGGAGUUUGUGAGGAUGAUGCUUGCCAAGUGAUUGUGGUAGCUAACUUUGAAAAUGGAAUUAAUGUAGGCUGAUUGAAUGCUAUUUAGCAGAUAGUCUUAUAAACCCCAUGAGCUUCACUCUACGCGAUUUCAACAGGAUAAUUUUCUUUUUUAUGCAAGGUUGGUUGAAACCCUUCUCUUAAUGGUCA